AUGCCUUCAAGCAACUCAGGCCUUCCCGGCAAGUCUAUCCAUAUCAAGCAGGAUGACAAGUUGUCUUCUAGGCGUCUGUCCAGGGAGAUCUCAAUAAACAACACCACCUCUUCAGAAGUCUACUAUGGAGGAGCAUCUGUUGCUGUCCCAUUCAUGUGGGAAUCUCAACCAGGGACGCCUAGAGUUAAGUUCCGAGAAGCCCAACUUCCUCCUCUCACUCCUCCACCUUCCUUCCUUUUCAGUCCUGCUAACAAGCCCAUAAAGAAGCCCUCAAAGCCCAAUCUUCUGCACACUCUUCUCCCAAAGCUCACCAUGAGGAAAUCCCCUUUCCCACCAUCACCUGCUUCAUCCUCAUCUUCGUCGUCAUCCUCCCCAUGGUCAUCAUCACAUUCAGUACCAUUUUCUCCAUUUACUCCAAAUUUACGCGGACAAUUGAUAUUGUCCAGCUCGAGAUCAUCGUUUGAUUCGAGGAUUAAUGAGGCAGAUGGACAUGGAUCACCUGUUUCAACAUUGUGCUUUGGCUUCAGUCGUGGUACGAAUGCUAGGCCCCGCGGCUGGUCUGCAAGCAUAAGCAAGGUUUUUCUGAGAGGUUUCACAUGA